GCCAAACUUAAUCCUUCCGUACCCGACUGGACCGUUCGUUCAAGCCAUCGAAACAGGUCGAGCACUCCGCGGCGAUGCCUCGGUCGGAGGAAGCGCAGGCUUUCUUUCACGCCGUUUACUUGGCCGUGCGGGAGAUUCCACGGGGUAAAGUGACGACGUAUGGGCACAUCGCCCACCUUGUCGGGACACCCCAGCGUGCGCGGCAAGUGGGGCUUUGCCUCAAGCAUCUCCCGUCGGACCCGGAGGCGCGGUUCAACUCGGACAACGUGCCCUGGCAGCGGGUGAUUAAUUCGCGUGGGACGAUUUCACCUAGGGCGGUACCGGAAGGGACGCAAGCGCAGGCUACGGCGCUGCGUGGCGAGGGUGUCGAAGUGCGGACGCUGGCUCUUGGCGAACUGGCGGUGGAUUUUGAGGUCUGUGGUUGGUUCCCUGAUGUUUUGCCUUCAGGGGGGGAACAGGAGUCAUAGCAGGAGGUGCCUUGUGAUGAGAGAUGAUUUAGGUGGAUGUAUAAGCCGGUAGAUUGAUGUCUUUGCGAUACAUGUGCAGGGAGACUUGUUCCUUGUUCUAUGCAUGGGUGUAUUCGGGCGUGAUUCGGUAUGUUACUGUUACCACUUGGGGCGGCGGUCAGACGAAGUACAAGUCUAUACCUUACUUACUACCUGUCUAUAAGGUACGUAGGCCUGCACAUUG